GCUCUCGACUCCUCCUUUGUCUGAGUCCUUUCGGUCCUCCGCCUAGUUAUUUAUUUAUUUCCUUUUCGUUUGUGGGGUAUAUUUUUAUAUAUCCUUAUCUCUCGGUUAUUGAAUGACAUUCGAUUCCGACACAUAUAUGCCUAAAAGCAAAGCCCCCAAAAUGGAUGAUCUGGACUACAUCCCAGCGGACCUGAGCCCGGAGGAGCGCUCCGAGCUGGAGGAGAUCCGCCGCAGGAAAGGAGCGCUGCUUCUGGAGAUCCAGAGACUGAAAGAGGAGCUGAGAGAAGCCAUUAUAGAGGUGGAGGGCCUGGAGAGCAGCACGGAGGGCAGUAAAACGUUACAGAAGAGUCGGCAUGUGGCCAUGGGCAGGAAGAAAUUCAACAUGGACCCGAAAAAGGGCAUUGUAUUCCUAGUGGAGAAUGAGCUUCUCAGACACACUCCAGAGGACAUCGCCCAGUUUCUCUACAAAGGAGAAGGCCUCAAUAAAACUGCAAUAGGAGACUAUCUGGGUGAAAGGGAUGACUUCAAUAUUAAAGUAUUGCAAGCUUUUGUUGAUCUUCACGAAUUCACGGAUCUGAACUUGGUACAAGCACUUCGGCAGUUUCUGUGGAGCUUCCGCUUGCCCGGCGAGGCUCAGAAGAUCGACAGGAUGAUGGAGGCCUUCGCACAGAGAUACUGUCACUGCAAUCCUGGAGUCUUCCAGAGCACAGACACCUGUUACGUGCUGUCGUUCGCAAUCAUCAUGUUGAACACCAGCCUGCACAACCCCAACGUGCGGGACAAGCCCACGGUGGAGCGCUUCAUCAGCAUGAACAGAGGCAUCAACGACGGAGGAGAUUUACCGGAGGAGCUGCUCCGAAAUCUGUAUGACAGCAUCAAGAACGAGCCCUUCAAGAUCCCAGAGGAUGAUGGGAAUGACCUGACGCACACUUUCUUUAACCCGGACAGAGAAGGCUGGCUCCUCAAGCUGGGAGGUCGUGUGAAAACAUGGAAGAGACGGUGGUUCAUUCUGACUGACAACUGCCUCUAUUACUUUGAAUACACAACAGAUAAGGAGCCCAGAGGCAUUAUACCAUUGGAGAAUCUGAGUAUUCGAGAGGUUGAAGAUCCCAGAAAGCCAAACUGUUUUGAACUCUACAUCCCUAAUAACCGCGGGCAGCUGAUUAAAGCGUGUAAGACCGAGGCCGACGGCCGAGUGGUGGAGGGAAACCACAUGGUGUACCGGAUCUCCGCUCCCACCCCGGAGGAGAAGGACGAAUGGAUCCACAGCAUCAAAUCUGCCGUGAGCGUGGACCCCUUCUACGAGAUGCUCGCCGCCAGGAAGAAACGCAUUUCCCUAAAGAAGAAAGAAGAGCAGCCCUGAAAGUCCCCCGUUCCUCCUCACUCCAUCCAUCCAUGCGCUCCCUCCAUUCUCUGGGAAACCAAUGAUCCUUCAUCAAGGUAGCUCUCGUCAGAUCAAUCUGUUAUUCUGGUUUUAUGGAGAGAUGGAUGUCAUUGGGAAACCAGAACAUCGCCUUCGUCGUCUUCAUCAUCUUCAGUUUGGAUUUCGGUGGUCUUGACUGCAUCGUUUAUUUCCACACUUCUCCUACACUUGCACACUACAGUGUUCCUCACUAUCACGCUAGUCUGUACAGACACUCACUAUAUUACGCUGACUUUCUAUAGGACUUCACUAACGUUCAUGUAACGCUCCAUCCUCAUCUCACGCUCCCUCCUGCUAUUGACAGCGUUUUACUGUGAAGUUCUUACACAAACAGGGUAGACGACCAAACAGCCUGACGUAUUCUUCAUCACCACCACCACCAUCAUCAUCAUCAUCACCACCAGGGGCAGACCUAACCGAAGCUUUAGCAGAAAAGAGUGGGAUGUUUUGUUCACGCUGACCCUCGCUGUUGACUUACUGAGUCUUUUCUGCUGCCCGUCUUAACGUUAUUUAAUCUCAACUGACACUAUUUAUCUCUGACUCUUUCGAGUUUAUUUACAUGUUAUGAAUGAAGAUGUACAUGAAGGUCAUUGCUGUUCACGCCACAUAUCGAGUGUUACUGAGCUCAGCGUGUCACUUCCGUUUACCUGUUAGUGACAUAUCACUAUAUCUGUGAGACCGGAUACGAGUUACACUAAUGUUGGUAUCGGCCCCCCGGCGAUGUCACUUCCUGUGCACGGCCGUGUUACACUUCACUAACCCAUCAGAACAUCCGGAGAAACACUCAUCAUUUUUUGUGAAUCCUUGAAUAAGCUCCUUCACCUUAAAAAAAAAGAGCCUUAAAAGUCCCUCGGCCCUGUUUCUGAAUGUUCUUACACUAGUGUUUCAACUAAACUAACUAGGUUUAAACUCAACCACAGGGGCUGCAAAACUGUUCUAGAGAAAAUCUCACGAAAACAUGUCCAGAUUAUGCAGCACACUAAGAAAUGUGAAUUUGUGUAAUAAAAAGGCUGAUUUUCAAGAUUUUUAUUUAUUAUUAUUGUUUGGCAUUGUUUCCAUAACGAAGCACAUUUCCUCCUAGAUGCAUACAGGCGUUUGGUGGAAUGAAAUCUUUUUUUAUUAUUAUUAUUAUUAUUAUUAUUAUUAUUAUUUCUUUGAAAUUUGAGUCAUGAUCUUGACAGAUUUGGUGAGAUUUGCUCUCUUACUAUUUCCUACUACAAGAAAAAAAAAAUUAAUGAAUUAAAAAUGUUAUUAAAGGACUGCUCAUGAUGAAAAUGUACUCCCCCACAGUCCAAGAUGUUUCUUUAUCAGAUUUGUACAAAUGUGUCUCUGCAGUGAAUGGGUGCCGUCAGAAAGAGCCGAUAAAGUCAAUCAGAAAUGGAUUUGUUCGACUUCAAACUGUUCAUGCUGUGAAUCAGUCUGAAUAAGGAGAGAAAUCAAGCCCCGUUUACGAUCCAAAACAGAUCUAAACAAAUGUAUAGCUGGAUUUCCAGUAAUUGUAGACUAUGGAUUUAUAAAAAGUAGUUAAAAACAUCUUAGUGCUGGAUUAGUAUCAGCUUUUGUCUUCUCCAGAUGUUAACUGAUGAACUGGAGCACUCUGGAUUAUUGUGGGGGUUCUCGUUCUGACGGCACCCAUUCACUGCAGGGCAUCCAUUGCUGGGACCGUGAUCCAAAUCUGUGAGAGGAAGUACAUUUUCAGUUCCUUUUUGCGUGAGCUGUUUCAAUUUGAAGUCCUAUCUUUCAGAAUGUCUUUGCUGCUUUUUCCCUUUGAAAAGAUGUUUUCUUCUUGUCCCCGAUCCUAAGAUGCGUGCCAGACGAUGCGGUGAGCUGUAUUGUAUUGUUGCUUGUGUGAAACACUAGUCGCUCCUCGUACCCAGAGGAGUCCAUGGCAGCUUUUUCCGAUGUACAUGAUAUUUUGCCUUUUCCGUUUGUAAAUACAUGUUGUUCUGUUUGUUUACGACACGAAUCGAUAGCGUUUUUUUUAAUUUAUUGUUUUUCAGUUCUUUCUUUCUAUGUGAGAAAUAAGGACGGGGGUUGCAUGUUGUACUGAACCGAAGCGUCUUUCGGGCGACUAUUAGCGUUCUGUAUUUCUAAACUCAACUCGCUCGAAGAAUCGCAACCGCUGUUAAAAUAGGCUACUGAUUAUAAAAUCGCAAACGAAUCCAAUCUGUAACGAUCUUUAAAACGACUGAUCAUACGGAACACUAAUAGCGUCUGUAGUCUAACAUAAUAACCGCUCUAUUUAAAUAUACUAAUUAUGAAACGGUCGAUACUGAGAGUUGUUUAGCAGUGCAUUUUGCUUGACUUUUGUGAUUUUUCCCGAUUAAUAUAAAGCUUGGCUGUAGUAAUUGAGACCUAUUUAAUAGUUUGGGGUUAGAAUCCGUGUUUAUAUGGCACUUUACUAGAGUUCAGCACAGUUUCGACUAAAUCACGACUCGUUUUUCCUCUCUACGAGUGCGUAACUAGCACUGCAGUUCUUAACUGGUUUAAGCUUUGCUGCACACGUAAAGGAUGCCAGUAUCCAGCAUCCGUGCCGAAUCGUUUGAAGUGAUCUGCUUCACAUUGUAUCGUAUGUGACUAAGAGACUCCAAGUGUUAAAUGGCAUCAGCUGCUGACUGCAACAGUACAUUCCUUGAUAUAAGCUAUGCGUUUAAACUCAUCUUUCGAGCAUGACGUGGUCCGAUGAAGACGCUAGAGUGACUUGAAUAUGUGUUGGAGAAAUCCGGGGCAUUGUUGAUGAGAAGUGCAAAGGUGCCAAAGCCUUUCAGCUAGUCUGUGAGUACAGCAGGACAAAUGAAAGCAUUUCCUCUUCCUCCUCUUUGUUUUCUCUCCCGGCUUCUGAUUGGCCACAGAAUGGUACAGAUUGUUGGAAAAUUCAUGUAGCAAAAUGAAAACUCAGUUAUGGUACACUGGUGCCAAUCAACUCUAAUAAACAAAAUGGAUAAAAAAACAAAAA